UAGUGUUUUGAAGCAUUUUACCAUUGUUUCGUGAUAUCUUUUUGUUUCCCGAUAUUUUGGACGAAAGUGAGGUGUAUCAAUCGCAUUGAAGAUUAUUAUGACACAUAUUGCUUGCAAUUGAAUCGACGAUCAAAUUAACCAGAUGCAGCGCUUGAUGAAAAAUUAAAAAGGAUUCUGCCCAGCGGGCGAGACAAGGAAGAAAACAGUCGACGUAACGCGUCGCUCUUAGGUGCGGUGCAACAUAGUGCAGUACGUUCGAGGCCUGCGUAAAGGCACAUCGGCCGGUGCAUCGCAGGGCGUCGCAAAACGACGCAAAGCAGCUUAGGAAAGGAACUUAUCUCGGUUAUACCCGCGCAGGCGCCGAUCAGCAACGCGUAUUACUACAACCGGACGUACGACGGUGGUGUGAGUAGCGAGUGGUAAAAUCAGCGGACAACAGAGUGUGCAAAUGAACGGAUCGACGAUGGCGACGACGACAACGAGGUUGCGCGCUACGGACACGUGUAGCGAGGAAGCGCCAAGAGCACUUGAGGGAAGGCCGAUAAAACCGUCAUUGCGGAACGGUUUAACCUCUCACGGCGCCGAAGAAGCCGGUAAAAUCAACGGCUACACGCUGACCAGCAAUGGACACGUACGCGAUUCUUCCCGCAAUCCAACUAAACAAAAAAAAGAAGUUAAAAAAGCACUGCGGUCAAAGGAGUCCUUUGAAAAGGUUUCGUUCAUCACAGCGGCGCUUACACACCUUGGUUUCUACAUUCUCAUGUUCCUGGGAUUUAUUAAUCAGUUAUUGUUUGUUCCAAAGGGUGCCACCGAGAAGAAUAGAAAGGGAUAUGCUCCACUCUAUGACAAUUUCGAGAAAUUUUAUCUUAGAUACGUCUAUAGGAGAGUCAGAGAUUGUUGGAAUAGGCCAAUAUGCUCCGUUCCCGGUGCAACGUUAAUAUUAAAGGAUCGAGUUACUAAAGACUAUGGAUGGACGUUUCAAUUUACUGGAACUGAAACGCCAUGUAUAAACUUGGGCUCUUACAAUUAUUUAGGAUUCGCCGAGGCGAGUAGUAAGUGCGCUAACGACAGCAUCGAAACGCUCAGGAAGUUUGGCUGUGCCAGUUGUAGUACACGUCUUGAAUUAGGAAAUAUGCCCAUACACGAUGAAUUAGAAGAAUUAACUGCGAAAUUUCUGGGAGUGGAAGACGCAAUAGUGUUUGGAAUGGGAUUCGCAACGAAUGCAUUGAAUUUGCCUUCUUUGGUCAGCGAAGACUGUUUAGUUCUUAGCGACGAAAAGAAUCAUGCGUCGCUUAUUCUGGGACUGCGAUUGUCUGGCGCAGUGAUACGGAUCUUCAAGCACAAUAACGUAAAACACUUGGAAGACUGCUUAAAGAAGGCUAUUGUUUAUGGUCAACCAAAGUCUGGUAAACCUUGGAAGAAAAUAGUUAUCAUUGUCGAAGGUAUUUAUUCUAUGGAAGGCUCAAUUGUCCAUCUACCCGAGAUAGUGGAAUUGAAAAAGAAAUAUAAAGCCUAUCUUUAUGUGGAUGAAGCGCACAGCAUAGGUGCCACAGGAAAGCGCGGGAGAGGAGUUUGCGAUUAUUACGGCAUUGAUCCGCAUGAAAUCGAUAUACUUAUGGGAACAUUCACGAAAAGCUUCGGCUCGGCGGGUGGAUAUAUAGCCGGAACGAAAGCAUUGAUAAAUUAUUUAAGAAUACACAGUCACGCACAUACAUAUGCGGUAUCCAUGUCUCCGCCGGUUACCCAACAAAUUAUCACGUCGAUGCGAAUUAUCGCAGGCGAAGAUGGCACCGAUGCUGGUGACAAACGAAUCAAACAAUUAGCUAGGAAUACAAAAUACUUUAGACGCAGAUUAAAUCAAAUCGGAGUUAUAAUCUAUGGAAAUGAUGAUUCUCCCGUUGUGCCUAUGCUAGUUUAUCUAUUUUCUAAGAUUGGUGCAGUGAUCCGUACUCUGAUAAAGUAUAAUAUUGCAACUGUCGGUGUUGGAUUCCCAGCAACACCGUUAAUGGAAGGCAGAAUUAGAUUUUGCCUUUCCGCUGCGCAUACAAAGGAACAGUUGGAUUAUGUAUUGUCGCAUAUUGAGAUGAUUGCGGACACGUUAGGAUUAAGAUACUCGAAGAAACCUCGUACCACUACAAAAAUAGAAUACUAUUCCGACAGCGAAACAGAAUGACCUACCUCAUAAAAUAAUGAAUUAGGCAAUUUUAUUUUUAUGAGGAGAAUCAAGAUAGCCAAGAGCUUUAAAUGCCACAAAAUAGAUGUAGAUACAAUUCGUACAUCAAUUGAGGAAGCUUUAUUACAAUUAUUACAACAAUAAGCUUACGCUUUUAUAAUAAGAAAAUGGAGGGAUGCGAUGUAUUGUAUAAUCAAUAGUCAUUUAUAUGUCUGUGGCACAGUUGUGAUGAUUCUUAUGUGUUGAGCGAGUAAACAAACCAAGUAAUAUCGGUAUUGUCAAAUGCCUACGUCAACGAAUUAUAUUGUAUAUACAAUUAAUUUUAUUGUUUACGAAUUCUUACAGUAUUCACCUAAUUAUAAAAACGUUCAGUUCCAUGAGAGCGUUACGUUAAAAUACAUUAAGAGUAUUCGAAAGUUACUAAAUUUUUUACAUCGACUGUUUCUUCGUUAAUAUCGUAUCUCACAUUGUGCUAUAGCUAUUGCUUAUCUUGCUCAAAUUAACAAUAGUUUUAUUUUACUUAUAUCACGCUAUAUAAUACACAUCGUGGAUAGAACAUCUGCCAAAGUAAAGUUCAAAUUUAGUAGCGUUCAAUGUAUUUAAUGCAUUGUCUAAUUCUUUUUACGGUUAUGAUUAUUCCUAUCUUUAUAUAAUUGAAAAAAUUAUAUGAUUGAUAAAGAAUUUACUUUUAAUUAUCAAGAAGAAAGACUUAUAUAAAAAACUAUUGUUAUUAAUAUUUGUUGCAUUCACGAUUUUAGCAACUUUCUUGUGUUUAAUUACAGAGGGGUCGGUUUCAUAAUAUGUUUAUAGCAACACUGCUUUUCACUAUUAAAAGUAAUUUUUUAUAAACACAAGUCUAUAAUUAAAAUGUAAUAUUUUUCUCUGACGAAUCAAUCGUCUUUGAAUAGAAUAUAUGUAGCGUUAAUUAGUUGUAAGUAAAGCAAUAAUUUCUAAGAAUUCGUCAUUCAUAUUGUCUUCAACAUUCCUUAGCAACAAAAUCAGCGGGCAAAUUUUUCAGUUUUAUAUUCGAAAAAAAUCUUUACAUAUCAACACUAUUCUAUCUCUAAGUAAACGUCUGAUUGACGAUUAUCUUUGAAAUAGCUUCUUAAUAUCUUGGUACUUGAUACUAUAUUUUCUUACGGCAAAAUAUGCUAAUUUUCUUUGAUGUACAGAUUUUGAACGAGAGUACGUAAUACGCGUAACGUUGAUGAUAAACAAUGGAACAAUAAAAAAUAUCUUAAAUUAUCGCUCCAGUAAAUAUCUAACGAUCAUUGUUGGAGUUCUAUUUUUAUUUGAUUAUAAACAUACUGCCACUAUUAUGAUCUCUUAGUGCUUAUGAAGGUACAUAUGACUGAUAGAUCAAAUGAUAUUAGAAGAUAACAUGGGAAUUUAAAGUAGAACCAAAUCAUAUUUUAAUUAUCAUGUGACAUUUAAUAAACAAAAAUUUAUGAUGUGACAAUGAUUAUGAAGAGACAAGAAAAAAAGAUGAAUGUUAAUUGCCAUGUGACGUUCUGUUCUUGAAGUUAUUUUGUGCGAAAUAUCUAAAAUUUAUUGCUUCUUAUUAGGAUUCAAACGAAUUUUAUGAUGAUGAAUCAUUCAAACAAUUUGAAAGAUUUAAACCAAGUUUAAUUAAUCAGAUUUCAAACAGUUCGAAUCUUUAACUUUUUGAAUUGUUCGAUUAUUAAAAAUUCUACUUAUUAUCAUAUCAAACAUUACGAAGUCAUGUUACUUUUAUAAUAUUUUAUAUGUAUGCAAAAUCACACCAGAUUUUUUUACGAUAAAGUUAAAAUUAAAUUUUGACACGGUAGCAUCGAUAAUAUGCAAAAUGAGUUUGUUAAACCUCAUUAAUAAAUUUCCAUAAAUUUCUCUACAUAACAUUUCUCUACAUAUUUAAAUGCUUAUGCAAAUACAUUAAACAUAUAUCUAUAUCUUAAAAAAGAAGAAAAUUUGAUAGACUAUUAUAUCACUACCACUUAUAUUACCAGCCAAUUAGCGACAAAUAGUUGAAAUAUUACUGUAAGUUUUAAAAAGAUUCCAUUGCUACUUGCAAGUACGGAUAAUGCAAAUGUAGUAUAGUUCAAGAUUUAUAUGGAACUCGUUCAAAGUUCAAUAUAUUUAUAGUUUAUAGCUAACUUAGUUUAAAAUUUAAAAAUAUUUGUGAAAUUACAAUGUAAUGCAAAUUAUCUGAUAUGUAAAACAGUAUAACAAUGUUUAAUAAGGCUUCUGGCUUCCUGCCAUAUCUAAUUAUGUAGCAAUAUUAGAUUAUGACAAAACCAAAAAAUAAUGAAUUUUUUAUAUUGCAUAUUGAAAGAAAUAAAAAUUAAUAAAUAAAUAAUUUCUGUAGCAUGCAUGUUUUCAACAAAAUAGAAAUAUCGAAUGUACCAUCGAAUAGCAUGUGAAGAAAUUAAUUUUGAUAUUUAAUGCAAAAACAAAAAUUUGUUUUAUUUUUUACUUCUCAUAUAUAAUCUAAUAUGACUGCAGUUAGAGAAGUCAGAAGCCUGAAAUUAAUACAUUCAGCAUUAGUUGUUAUAGGAGUUAGACACGGGCGAGAAUGUGUUAAACAAUGUUACAGUUAUUUUAAAAAUUGCAUCAGUUAUAUGAAAAUAUUUUUAUGUUUUUAAUUGAAUAAUUUAAAAUUCUGUGUUAAAUGUAUCUCGUGUACUGAAUUUUUUUGCUAAAUGAGGCUAUAUUAUAUAAAAUACAUUAAUUGUACAUCGGUUUUGUAUAUUUUGCAUCAAAAGCACAUGUAAUCUAAUAGCAAUAAGAGAAAUUCUUGACAAUCGGAUAAAUCCAAAAUGCAGCUGAGAUAUGAACACUGUCUAAUUGUGCGUUUGGCAUUAAUACGCUUCUCUGAUUUUAAGUCGUUCGUACAGUGCCACAUUUAAUAUAAAGAUUAUGAAUCUUGCAUGUAAGCAAGUAAUAUAAAGCUUUUAUUCAAUAUAACUGCAUUGGAUUUAUAUAUAAGUCAGAUAAUUAUGUAUAUUUAAUGCUAAAUAUGGUUACACAAUAUGAAGACAACUUAUUAUACCA